AUGCAGCGAACCAUCGAACAACUGAGCCAUUCAUCAAAAUCAGAUCUCCUUAAUCUAUCUUCGGAAGAAGCUUUCUCGUGCCACCAUGAAAAUUUGGCCCAGACAGCGCAGUUCUCAGCUGGCGACUUCGUUGGCUCUGUUGUGGAUAACUCCGAGGUCGAACUCCCGGAGGAUGUCCGUGAGUGGCAGGUGGCUGACUUCAAGGGCCAAGUAAAACGGUGGAUAGCGGCUGAGCAGGAGAUCAUACAAGACCUGUCUGAAAAAGAGAUCCGCAAACGCAAAAACAAUACCAUCACUGUUGUUUCCUUUGGUCUCUGGGAUCUCUGGUUCCUGGUAGAUAAGGAUUACAACAAGGCUACGAAAUCCAUAGACCACAAACUUGACGUGAUAAUGGAACAGAUGGACCUGCUGUCAGAGACAUUAGCUGGUAAUGAGACCAAGGUGAUUUUGACGUUGCCGGUGGACGUCAGCUUCCUUCCUGCAUUCGAACCGAAGAGCGUUGAUAGACAGAAGAACGCUGUACAAAUCGUGGAAUACUGGAACAACAAUCUCCGGGAAGCUGCAAGGAAAUGGAAUAAUGGGGUGAUCUAUCUCUUCGACACUAGUGCUUUCAUGGCCGACCUGGUUCGCGACAGGCAACUUUUCGCCGCCGGUAUUGUGCAGACAAGCGGUCUCGGAAAGAAUGAGAAUCCGGGAUGGGAGAAUGUUCAAGACCCGUGUGUCUCACGUGGAAAGAGCUGGAUGAUGUAUCGGAGUGAACGAUGCGCGAAGCCGGAGAAGUACCUAUUCUGGGACGAGAAGAGUGUUGGUCCUUCCUUCCACCGGCUGAUGGCAACAGAGAUCUUUGAUGGCAUCAGCAAUCUUUGGUUGGGGCAACAAAAUGCCGGGUCGGGUUCAUCUCCCGUACGCAAUGGGAUCAACUUGGUCUAA